CCAGGAUACCUUUCUGUUUUUUCAGAGGAGAGGUCCCCUUCUUUGCUCACCUCGUCAUCCCUGCACGGAUACCUGACAGCCAGAUCAUGACGUUGGAUGACAUAGCGCUUCCCUUCCAUGACCACUACAACUCCACAUACGACUACAACAGCACACCGUGGUUCUUGUACGAAUGCACCCUCAAGCUGGACCAUGACUACAGACGCAUCGCCCUCUUCCUCAUGUCCUUGUUUACCUUCAUGGUGGGCCUGUUCGAAAACGGCCUGGUGCUAUGGGUCAACUGGCGGCGGCGCCACUCGGCUAGCGGCGUGCUCUUCUGCGUCCUCAACGUCAGCCUGUCUGACAUGAUGAUGGUACUGACCUCGCCCUUCUACAUGCUGGAGUUCACCAUGGACAAGGUGUGGAUCUGGGGUCGCUUCCUCUGCCGGGUCACCCAUCUCAUCUUCCUGCUCAACUUCUACAGCAGCUCCUUCUUCCUGGCCCUCAUGACCCUGGAGCGCUAUCUGAGUCUGGCCCGGCCUUCGUCCCAUCCCUUCUUCCCACCAGACCGCUCCCGCCGGUGGCUUUUGUGUGGCGGGGUGUGGCUGCUCUCGCUGGUGCUGGCCCUGAUAGAGAACGUGCACGUUGACCUGCUGGAGUGGGACGAGCCUGGCUGCUACCUGAUGCCCGAGUACAACUACACCGGCUGGUUCGUGGGCUUCACCCUCAUUGCGCUGAUCUUUCAGUUCCUGGGCCCCAGCGCGGUCAUCAUCACUUGCAACGUGCUGAUAGCGCGGUUAGUCCGCUCGGCCCCGGAUGUGCAAGGCCGGCGAGACGUGUGGCUGGUGCACGUGUACUCGCUGGUGUUCGUGCUGACCUGGCUGCCCUACCACCUUGUGUUCUUCCUGCUGAUGCUGGACGACGUGGACCCACACGUCUUCUCCUGCAACACCGUCGAGGUGCUCUAUUUCUCCUACGACAUUGUCCAGUGCGUGUCCCUCUUCCACUGCGUGGCCAACCCUAUACUCUACAAUUUCCUAAGCAAGAGCUUCCGCACCAACCUCAUCAACGCAGUGGUGCAACACUUACCUCCACCAGAGGCCAAUGCCAACGCAGCUGAUGCCACUCCAGGGACAAAGACAGGGAAUCAGCGCAAGCUUAGCAACGCCAGCACCAGCCAGUCCGAUGUGGGCUCCUAGGACAUGACAGCAAGCAGAAAAUCAGCACUAAGACUCCUGUGAGAUGCUGAAAAGUGUACAUUUGUGUUCGUUUUAAGAUUCUGUCACAACCUGCAGGGGUAGGGAAAAGCAUAGAGACCAACAUGAAGAGGCAAAAGAAGUAUUUCCUUUCUCUCCCUCGCAAAUGUUGAGUCCCACAGGAACUUCCUAGAAAAAAUCCUGAAAUCUGGGGAUUACAUUACAUUAAUACACAGGAUUAGGUGUUAUAAUCCCUUGUGCCAAAAUCCAAGGUAAAUUUACCAAACUGUGGACACAUAUUCUAUCUAAAUAUGAGUCUCCUGUGUGAAGGAGAACUACAGAGGGGCAUAUGAAAUGUUUUUCCCCCUAUACUGCAAACACUCUUCUGCACUGCAUUCAUAGUACCAACCUCUAAAGCGUCAAUGACUAAAGCUUUGUCCAUUAUUUGUAUUGUUAUUAAAGAAAAGUCCACCAAAAACUAACAUGCACAAUACAAACGAAUAAAAAAAUAGCCUGUAAAUGAGAUAUGAUCUAUUGUUUUAGAAAUGUGGACUUUUGCCCUCUUGUAAUUACAGUUUGAAGACCCAUUACAAGUUUGUUUACAUACUUUAGGCUCAUUUUCUCCUAGAGAUAAAUCAGAAAAUCUAUCAACAAGCAGAACAUCUUCCACAAACUGGCAGACCACGUCAAGUAUAUUACCACAGCCAAUUACAUGACACGAUCAUAACACUAGAACCACAUGUCUGUCCCGUAAAAGCACUUAUAUGUGGUAGACUCAUGCCUUUGAGAAAUUGACAGUCGUUUCUUUCCAUUCUAAUUUAACUUCUUAACCUAUACUGUAUAAGCCAAUGUUGUAGAAAAAUAUUUGUAUUGAUUUCAAAACAUGGUAUUUAAAAUCACUGCAUAGAACAGAGACACAUUAUUCAGGCUAUGUUAUCACAUCACAAAGCCAAUGUAACAGUUUGAAAUAGCAGUGUUUACUGCUUUAGUAUUGUGACUGUGGGGCACCUACUGUAUGUCUAUGUGUUUUGCAAAUAAUAAGCUGUGGAAGAGAAACGUAAUCAUUUUGUGGAUUUGAUGUAAGGAUUUUGUGUAUAAACUUCAGGUGUUAGGGAUGCACGAUAUUUCUACCGAUAUUUUCAAACUCAUUUUAGCGGAUUGCCGAUAUAUACAAAUCUUUUUUUAAUUUCCUUUAAGGGUCUUUCCUGUACUAGAAUUAACCAUUUGUUCUUAUUUUGAUGGCCUAUUCGUUGCAGAUACAGGCACAUUUCCUUUAAUUCUACCCCAAAUCAUUUCAACUUGGUAAAAUGUAAAAUAUGCAAUUUGAUAUAUGACUUUUUCCAAAUAAAAGUAGGUCUCAUCCUA